UGCAUCGCUUGCAUCAGUCGGUUGUUAUACACGGCCUUGGUCGGUUGAAAUAGUUUGCUUUGUAUUCUAACGCCAUUUGAUAAAGAUGAGUGACAAAGAUAUGCAAACUUUUCUUAUUUUGGAAAAUGAAGAUAUUUCUCAGCAAGAAGCAAAGUAUGAGGAAGGUAGCUCAUCCGGAUCACAGGAGAACAUGGGGUACGUCCACCACACGGUGCAGGCGGACAAGGUGCACAUCAAGGUGCACCCGGGCCUGCAGGCGAUGCCGUCCGACCCCAGCCACGCCACCAUGACGCUCACCUCGCGCGACCCCAACACCAACCUGACAGAGGUGAAGCGGCUGCACUGCACCUACGAGGGCUGCACGCGCUCCUACAGCACACGCGGCAACCUCACCACCCACCUGAAGAAGCACACAGGCGAGUACAACUUUGUGUGCACGGACCCGAGCUGCGGCAAGAUGUUCAUGACGUCCUACCGACUCAAGGUGCACCUGCGCGUCCACUCGAAGCAGCGCCCCUACGGGUGCGACAUCUCCGGCUGCGAGAAAACGUUCCGGACGCUCUACAGGCUGAACUCUCAUAAGCGUAUUCACGAGGGCACUACGUUUAACUGCUCGGAGCAAGACUGCCUGAAGUUCUUUACCACACUUUCCGAUCUCAAGAAGCACAAGCGCAUUCACACGGGCGAAAAACCGUUCAGCUGCUCUGUGCCGGGCUGCUCGCGCUCGUUCGCGCUGGCCCACCACCUGCGCAGUCACGAGCGCACCCACGCCAAGCAGCGUCCGUUCGUGUGUCGGCAGCCGGACUGUGGGCGCCGCUUCCUCACCCGGUCCGCGCAGCGAAUGCACGUGCUGCGCCACCACAAGGGUGUCUCCGCCGGCCCCAGCACAGAGUCGGCUGCGCCGUCCGCUUCAACGACCCCUGAGGUGUCCGCGGUCCAGGAGGACGUGUCCGCCGCCCCAGCAGUGUCCGCUGUCCCGGGGAUGUCCGCUGUCCCGGGGGUGUCCUCUGUCGACUGGGGCACGCCGCUGAUCGUGCCGAUCGGGGAGGACCUGACGGUGACGGUGGCCGAGCCGGGCGUACAGGACGAGGACGAGCCGCCGGCAUCAGUCACGGUGACGGCGCCGGGCGCGGCGGCCGGCCCGCGCGGCCCGCCGCCGCCGGCCGCCGGCUCUCAGGGCCUCAGCCCGUCCGACCUGUCCGCCACCGCCCUUCUGACGGCCAUCGCCAACCGGCGGACCAGCACUGCGGUGCAGACGUGCGAGACAGCCCGGCCGGCGGCCGCCGCCCGCCCGGCCCAGGCCUGCUGCGGCCCCAACCAGCCAGAGUGUUGUCCGCCAGGCGAGGGGCCGGUCUGCGGCGGCGGCGGAAGCGGCGGUGGCGGCGGUACAGCGACCAGGGGCGCGACGACCGGCGGCGGCUCGCACGAUAGCCCGCUGCCGGGCCCGCGGCCGGCCUGCGGCGCCGGUGGCAGUGGCGGUGGCGCCACGGCGGUCUGCGCUGGCAGUGGCAGCGGCAGUGGCAGUGGCGGUACGACGGCCUGCGCUAGCGGCGGGAGUGGCAGCAGUGGCGUUACGGCGGUCUGCGCUGGCGGCGACAGCGGCGGCAGCACGACUGGCGGCACGACGGCCUGCGCUGGCGGCGGCGGCGGCGGCAGCACGACUGGCCCCUGCCUGCACGACAGUCUGCUGCUGGGACGCUCGGCCGCGGAGCCGUGCUGCGUCACGCUGUGCAUGAACAAGCUGGGCCUGCUGCAGAGCUUCCUGCAGGCCAUGUUCCCGCGCAUGGCGUCGUCGGGCGGUAUCGGCGACUUUCUGCGCGUGCUGCGCACCCUGCUGACGUGCGAGCAGCCGAGCCUGCGCUGCGGCGAGGACGGGCCGCCGCCGGCCCAGUCGGCGGACGGCCUGCUGCGCCUGCUGGCCUCGGCGGCCGGGCAGCCGUCCAACACCGACACCAUGGCCGAGUGGCUGGGCGGGCCGGCCGACAGCGGCGCCGGAGACAGCGCCGCCUAGGCCGGCGGCCGGCGGGAGCGCCCGGGGAGCCGACGCCAGGCGAGUUCGUGCCGUCCGCCGCCGGACCGAGUUAUUGUUACACGGGGGGAGGCACGGAUAACUAUAGCGUAUUGCUAGAAGCCUUAGCGGUAGUGGUAGUAGACGAAGCGCCCUGCGCCUUACGCGAUUUCGCCAGUAGUUCGGCUAGAGUAGAUGGCUUAGUACGCUUACGCUUUCGCGUCGUUCGGUGCAUGGGGGCGGGUGUUCGGCGCACAGUGUCGUUGCUGGAUGAUUGCAGGGAGCGGAGUGUUUCGUGUAUCAUGAGACCUUCGAACGGUUGUUCCUCUUGGAAUCGACUGUUCCAUUAGGCUACAGUUAUGAUUAUUGAUGUUGGCCAAGCAGUUACGCAAUAUGUGCUUAUCCGAUAAGUUCACAAACUAUCUUUCAUUAAUAUAUAGUGACUAAGUCAGCAUACUGGCAGGGCUAUGUGUAAAACGCUAGUUCGUUUAUUUAUUCUUAUGCUGAAUGCGCGUGUUCAAGAGGCGGUUACUAGUAGGUAGUACCAUGAUUGCUUUGGAUGAUUUGCUGUUAAUCACAGUACUUUAAGCCUUAGCUAUAGGUAGGUGCUGUUGUGCCUAAUAAGUCACUAAUUAGGGAAAGUUGUAGGCGGUUUCCCCCUCCCGCGGCGGGCUCCACCUCUGGUGGUUAGUACCGAUGCGCUCCGGUGCACAGCCAACUGCCAUUCGCGUCACAUGUUCCGGUCGCCGUCAGUCUUCGCGGCCGUUUGCCCUGACGGCGAAGGUCGCGCCAGAGUGUCCAACCAACUGUGUGAAGUUCAGCUCCUGCUGCUUUUAUCAGCGCUGAGCCUCCCAAGGCAACCACAAUCCCUCAGUCUGUGAAGAUUUGCAAACAAGUACCUAAUUCUUUGUCGUUUCUUUUGAACUUAGAGAUCCUAAAUGUGCAGAUACGCCCGGAUGAUGUCAACAGCUGGAUAUCGUGACGUUUUAUCGAAGAUUUCUGUUAGGUUUGUUAACCAGCCAUUGCCUGUAGGAGGUGGUUGACCAACGAGCCUCCACCGCUAGAGAUGUGACUACUAAUCUCAAUGGAAGGGCUCCCGUAUCGGCUGGAGGGGCUCCCCGCUCUGCUGGAGGGCUCCUGACUCGGCAGUCGUGGUUUCCCGGUGCGAAACUGACGGUGAGACGGCAAUGUCGCUGCUCUCGUCGGUUCACGACAGGCAAAACUGGCAGAUUUGGUUAGCUGUAACAUCCUUUGGUCCGCUGUAACCAUUUCGAUAACGGCGGCGGUGUUACCCGUACAGAUGAGAAAUUGAAUGCCGCUGUCCUAUGCUAUGUUCAGAAAUUUCGCCGAGAGAACACCUACGGUAUGAAACCAAAAUGUCAUGGCAAAAAUAGCCAAUGCCUACAUCGUCACCCUAUUGAUCCCUACACCCUACCUCUCUACUCUCACAUGGCGUCAAUAAAUUUCCGAUCGAAUGUUAUUCACUUGCGACACAGUCAGAUUAUCAUUUUGACGUCUGUCGAUGAAACGUCACUAUAUCUAGCAUUGGCAUCCUAUGGUUUUAAGAGCUCUGUGUGCUUACCGUUACGCUAAUACCGAUUGCGCGGUUCGCUCAUGAAGUGCUUUUGCACCAGUUCCAACUUAUGUUGAUUCGCGUUUUUUUUUUCUUGAUAAAUGGGAUGCUCAUGAUGAUGUUAAACCGCCAGUCGGUGGUGCGGUGGUCGUCCCGGCUCGCCUAUGAGCCCGCCAGUCGAGUGGUGUGGCUGUGCUCCCGGUUCGCUGAAGGGGUCGAUUCUCGCUCCGACUUGUGAGUGCCAGUGAGAAGGGCAGCAGAUGUUACGUAGGUGUGCUGUCGUUUUUGCGUCGUUAAUGGUGGCAUCGAUAAUAAUCUAUUCUUGCUUGUUUAUCUUUAUUUGCAAGGGCCGCUUGCCUGGUAUUGCUGUUUAUUCCGUUGUGUAGCUUACCAAAACCAAUCAGUUUUCUGGAUAAUAAUCAUAUGUAGAAACCCUUGACUCCUGCAAGUUAUGCAAUAAAGUUUUUAAUUCAA